UGAAUAAAAGUCUCCCUCCUCUUCUUCCCCUCUCCUUCCUAAACCCUAACCCCUAAAUCAUUAUAAAUUUUUUAUUUAAUAAAAAGGAAAAUCAUGAAAUUAAGUUCAUCAAUCUCUAGCAUUCGAUUUCCAAAUUUUAAUUCCCCAUUCGUUAAAUCUUGCCCUUCCUCUUUCUUUCCUUCAUUCAAAUUUUCCACCACAUCCAAAAGAACAAUGACUCAAUUCCCUAAUUUUUCUAUAAAAAACACAAAUUCUUCUCCCGCCAAUACGGCGGAGGACUCCCAGGUGGCGCCACCCAAGCCCAAGCCAACGCCGCCGCCUCCGCGGCCGUGGCUCAUUGUCGGUCUCGGUAAUCCCGGCAAGAAAUACAAUGGCACUCGCCACAACGUGGGUUUUGAGAUGGUAGAUGCUAUAGCUGAGGCUGAAGGGAUUCCCAUUAACACCGUUAACUUUAAAGCCCUCUUUGGCAAAGGGUUUAUUGGAAAUGUUCCAGUCAUGCUUGCCAAACCACAAACUUUCAUGAACUCAAGUGGUGAGUCUGUUGGGGCCAUUGUCUCGUAUUACAAGAUUCCAUUGAAGCAAGUACUCGUGAUUUUUGAUGACUUAGAUUUACCUUUUGCCAAAUUGAGACUACUUCCAAAAGGCGGACAUGGAGGACAUAAUGGGAUGAGAAGUAUCAUAGAUCAUUUCAAAGGGAGUCAUGACUUUCCUCGUCUAAGAAUAGGCAUUGGACGCCCCCCUGGGAGGAUGGAUGCUGUUAAUUUUGUCCUUCGCCCUUUCAAUAAGCAAGAACGUGAAGAGCUGGAGUUUACAUUUCAACAUGGAAUAGAGGCUGUCCGGAUUCUUUCACUUGAAGGUUUUGAUAAAAGCGCCACAUAUGUCAACAGCGCCAAAGCAAUGGAACAAUUUGGUUAAGUUAUUGCUCUAGGUGGCUACCUCUUGGGUUAAGGCAGCGCAUUGAGGUAAUUUCCGGAAGGAGAAUGUGAAUGUGAAUUACAAUGGAUUGUUAGGAACUUGAUGGAAUUUUCCAGGAUGAAAGUAUUACAAGUAAUUCAGUCGAAAAUUUUGACAAGCUCCCUUUCAUUUAUCAGUCAUUACUAAUUUUAUAUGUCCAUAGGAUGAACAUAUAACCGCUUCAAAGCAUCGGAAUUUAGAAAGAAUUCUUUAAUCAAUAACGAAUAUUGCCUUGACUGAUAAUGGCAAGGAUUUUUCUUUGUAACUUUCUUUCAUUUAGAAAUGAAAAGUGAAAGAUGUCAUUUCUGGUUUUAUA